UACCGCGUCACGUGAUUCCUGUUGCCUGAGCUGGGGACCCACCAAUGGACGCCAUUAUAAAGGCGGUGUAAUGAGCGGUUUGUACUUAUACCGAUUAAUUACCAGUCUCUUUUAUGAAUAGAUUGACCGUGGGUCGAGUCCACGAUGGAUCCCAAGCCUUCGAGGAUACCCAGAAAAGUAUCAGUGGAAGUGCAUAAUACUUCUACAUCUUCAACAGAAGCAAAAAUGUUGUACGAGGAUAGGUUGAAUGUCCUGGAUGACUUCUAUGCAACAAGGGAAAGUGAAAAGCAAGAAGCUGAAUUUCAGCCUAUUCUAUAUAAUGAAGCAGACACACUUCCAGGGGCGCCUUCAGGAUUUUUAAACCCAUCUGAGAACAGCGAUUACAAGAGGCCUAAGCUUGUAUCAUCUUGUUCAUCCAACAAUAAUGCCAAUUGCUUUAGCAAUUGUUCAGAUUCGAUUUGGGAGAAUCAGUUUCCAAGAUCACAAAUACCACUUAACUCAACAUCAAGAACUGAAGCUGCGCUCUGCAAAGAGACAAAGAUGGAAAGGACAGCAUCCAGUCAUGGCGAAGGUUUUGGAAGAGUUUUAUCAUCAUAUGCACAAGGUGCAAGACCAAGAGAGACAUUGCUUGGAUCUUUACGGCGUACCACAUCCAGCUUAAGUCAAGCACUUUCUUCAUCUUCAGGCAGUCCAUCUGCGUUCUCUAGAGAUUCCAGAAAUUCUUCCAGAUCUUUUGACAGCAACAGUUGUUCAACUGGUGUUGGAGUAAUGCAAAGGAGUGCAGAAGGUGGUUUCAUGCACAGAGCUGAAACUUCUGAAUCUGAAAGAAAUACUUCUCUAUUACAUUCAAGGCCCCUAAAUAAUUUUGCAUCAGAAUCUUCUAAUAGCAGGUGUAGACCUAGACAGCUAUUGUCUCGUCUGGCAUCCAGCAUGUCUUCAACUUUCUCUGGCAGUCGAAUCUCUAAUUGGGGUCAUUCAAGUACAAGGUCUCUUGAAAGGGCGAAUACUUUUCAGCAAUCUAAUAAUGCAUCAUGUGGUGAGAGGCCUGAAAAUUUGGCACAGGCUACUACCAUUGGCAGAGCUGUUAAUAACUUCUCCCAGAAUCAGUCCCCUGAAACUUCUGAGGGAUUCGGAUUUUUGAGAUGGAGAAGACCAGGACCAUCAACUGUUUUGCGAUCUCAGAACUUCACUAUGGGUCAAGAAAACUUAAGUCCAGAUGAUUCAGAAAAUAGCAAUACUAGUUCGUGGUUAUCUUCACUACAAAGUAGAUAUGCUCUUUCCAGAAGAGAAGGAAGGGAUGGAACUGCAGCAUCCAGUUGUGUCUUAAAUGAAGCCAGGGAAGAUAAGUUGCCAACUCCUCAAAGAGCAGUUGGGACAUUUCAGAAUUCGAGCAGCGAGCAAUCAGAUGUUGUUCGUGGUGCUGCAGCACCACCUUUUAGUGGUUUGCCUUCACCUAUUGCAGGCAGCUCCACUCGAAAUGCAGCGCCAGAAACUUUUCAAACAAGAAAUACUGCAGAAUUUAGAGAAGUCUUGUCCAAUUCUUUCAUUUGCCUUUCUAUGCCAUGUGGCCCAGAACAUGAUUUCUCUGAUGUUCUGAUAGCAGUAGACUUCGUACAUCCAACCAGAGGGCAUUCUGAGCAAGAGAAACAGCAAAAUGCAAGUACAUCUUCAAAGGAUCCAGAAAAACUCAGAAAAAUACAAGAAAGUUUACUUUUAGAAGAUUCUGAUGAUGACGAAGAAGAUAUUUGUCGGAUUUGCCAAGUCGGAGCUAGAUCAACAUCAUCUAAUCCUUUACUAAAACCAUGCAAUUGCACUGGCAGCUUGCAAUAUGUUCAUCAGGAAUGUAUAAAGAAAUGGUUGCAAUCCAAAAUAAAUUCAGGUGCUGAUUUGACUGCUGUCAUCACAUGUGAAUUGUGCAAGGAAAAGUUGCAGCUGGAUUUGGAAGAUUUUGAUGUUCAUGAAUUGUAUAGAACCCAUGAACAGGCACAGCGUAAUAUCAGUUCUGGUCUUUACCUUGUUCUUUUACUUCAUCUGUGCGAGCAGAGAUUUUCUGAGAUAAUGGGUGGCACAAGUGAAUCAAGGACCAGACUUCAGUUCAUCCACUUGGCAAGAACCCUUCAGCAGCACAUACAAGAUCUUGAAACCACAGAUGAAGAUUCUGAAGAUGAACAAGAUAGAUUUGAAAGUAGAACACCAAGAAAUUCUACUUAAUGGAAUCUGUGAAGGGGCAUCCCAGUACAACAAGUCUUUAUAUAAAGGCAAAACAUUAUAUUCAUUUUUGACUUUUGCUUGAAAUUGCUAGUGGAAUAUCAAAUAGAUACUGAGAACCUGGGUGAAUUUGUGAAUGGCUUUAUAAUUUGAUAAACAUUUUAAAGCUUUAUUUGUAAUAAUUAUGAACAAAGAAGAAAGGACUCUUUGCAACACUGUCCUUGGGCAGCUGAGGUUCUGCACAGCUGCUGUUUGCCUAUGAAAAUUUGACUUUAAAUGUCAAACCCAAAUUGGAGAUGAAAGUUGUGAAAAUUCUUCAGAAAUUUCUACAUUUUAGGAGGAAGUUUCCUGCAAGUGUGCUUCCUGCAUAAAAUGUAUACAAUCUAAUUAUUUAAAUUGCAGCAUUGUUUUGCUUAAAAUGACUAAUCAAUGAUACAACUGGGUAUUCAGUAAUGAUUAAUGAAAUAAAAUGUAUUCAUUUCCUGAAGGGGAAAUGCUAGGUUAAAAUCUUGUAGCCUUUUUUAAUUGCAGUUUUCAUAAAGGUACUAAACCGAAAUUGUUUGAACUUUAUAAACUGAAUAAAUAAGUGUGAAGUAUUAAAUUUCCAAGCUUGUUUAAUGGU